CCUUCAGCCACGACACCAAACCAAUAGCACCUCAUACUCCAUUUUCUCUCAACCCAAUACCACCAACUUUAUUUCAACCCGGAGUUCUAUCACAAUUUGUUUCAUAGAUCUUCUUUUGACAACUUCACCUGUUCGCUUGCGCCCCCAUCAAUCGAAGCCAUAGCUACCCCGCUAUGGCCGACUUCAAGCUCUCCGCUCGGCUUGCCAGCCACGACUCCGACGUCAAGGCAGUCAGCUUCCCCUCUCCAGACACCGUCCUCUCCGCUUCGCGUGAUGGUAGCGUCCGGAUAUGGAACCGCACCUCGAGCGCCCCGCCCGUCUUCGAACCCACCGUCUCAAGCCAGACAUCGGAGUUUGUGAACUCUGUCGGAUAUCUCCCUCCUUCAGCGGACUUUCCCCAGGGGUUGAUACUAUCUGGUGGCAAGGACACGUUUGUUGAAGUCCGUCAGCCCCAAUCGAGCGCUAGCGACAACGCCGAACGCCUCCUCGUUGGCCAUUCGCAGAAUGUCUGCAGCCUUGAUGUUUCUCCUACCGGAAAUUACAUAGUUUCUGGAGGCUGGGACUUCCAGGCGCUUGUAUGGAGUACGUCGAGCUGGGAGAACCAAGUCCGUCUCGGCGGCCACGACAAGGCUGUCUGGGCUGUCCUCGCUUGGGACGACCACACCGUCUUGACCGGCUGUGCCGACGGAUGUAUUCGCAUCUUUGACCUUAGGAAGGCUAUUGCCGGUGAGGCCGAGGCCCAGUCGACCAUCACCGCCCCAGAUGUGGUGCGGGCCCUCUGCCGGGUGCCUCGAGGGCACCCCAGCGGUGCCGAUAUAGCGAGUGCGAGCAACGACGGGAUCAUUAGGUUGUGGAAGCUCAAUGGCCAACAAGUUGGUGAACUUGUUGGUCAUGAGAAUUUUAUCUACUCUCUGACCAGUUUGCCGUCCGGGGAACUGGUGAGCUCCGGGGAAGACCGAACACUUCGGGUAUGGAAAGGAAACGACUGUAUUCAGACCAUCACGCAUCCCGCCAUAUCCGUGUGGGCCGUGGCAGUUUGUCAAGAAUCUGGCGACAUCGUCUCGGGCUCAAGCGACGGCAUUGCUCGCGUCUUCACUCGGAGCAGCGAGCGGACCGCCGACGCCGCCACUCUCGCCGAUUUCGAGGAGUCUAUCAAGGCGUCUGCCAUUCCUCAGCAGCAAGUACCCGAUAUUAAUAAAGAGAAGCUCCCUGGACCCGACUUUCUCACGACUCGCUCCGGCACCAAGGAAGGACAGGUUCAGAUGAUCAACGAAGGCAAUGGCACGAUUACUGCCCACCAGUGGUCGAUGAGUCAGCAGCAGUGGAUCAAUAUUGGCACUGUUGUCGACGCUGCCGCGAGUAGCGGUAAGAAAACAGAGUAUAACGGAAAGUCGUACGACUUCGUGUUUGACGUUGAUAUCGAGGAUGGCAAACCACCCCUCAAGCUUCCUUACAACCUGUCCGAAAACCCGUACGAGGCUGCCACCAGGUUCCUCGGCGAUAACGAGCUCCCCAUGACAUAUCUCGACAACGUCGCCAACUUCAUCACGCAAAACACGCAAGGGGCAACACUAGGCCAGUCAUCGCAGGGCGAGGCUGACCCGUACGGCACCGAAUCAAGGUAUCGCCCGGGUGAAUCCGCCCCGAGGCCAAAAGUCCUCCCCCAAUCCGAGUAUCUCGGCAUCACGGCCGCCAAGUUCGAUGCCAUGAUCAACAAGAUCCUGCAGAUCAAUGGGAACAUGAUUUCCUCAGGCCGGAAGGAUGCUGCGUUGAACCCGACUCAACAGAACGACCUCAAGGAAGUUCGCGAGGCGAUUGAAACGUCGCAACCCAUCAACCAAUUUGGCCUUGACUUGGCAGUUGGAAUUGUCACCAAGUGGACGUACUCCGAUCGUCUACCGGGGUUAGACCUGCUGCGAUGCAUGGUGCCUUCCCCCCUUGUCGCAAAGUACUCCUCGGACGAAGGAUCCAUUCUCCAGAUCGCCAUUAACAGCGCCACGACCGUCCCGGAUGGCGGUUCACCCAACGAGAAUAGUGUGAUGUUGGCUCUCCGUUCCGUCGCAAACAUUUUUGCUUCUCCCGAGGGGAGACAGGUAGCCGCAAGGGAGGCGAACAUCUCUGCUGACCUUCUAGAGCGUGUUGUUGGCAUCUCUGACAGCGGUCCUAUCGGACAGAACAACCGUAACGUUCUAAUUGCCGCCACGACUGUUUUGAUCAACUACGCAGUUCUCUCUCACAAGGAGAAAUCGGCUCUCGCCGGCCCUGGCCUUCCCAAGCGCUUCUUGGGUAUUCUUGGCAAGAUCUUGACCCCACAGAACGACUCUGAAGUUCUGUACCGGGGGCUGGUGGCCCUGGGUACGUUUGCUGUUAGUUAUAAAGCGGAGGCAGUAUCUCAGGGGGCAGAGAGCUGGGUGAAUACGGCGCGGGACAAAGCGGUGGAGCCCAGAGUGAAGGCCGUUGGCAGUGAGGUUUUGGAACGUCUGAGGUGACGCGACUGGUGCUCUGUGAGCGAUGCGGCGCGGACUUGAAUCUCAUGAAGCCGAACUGGGAACAGUCGUCAUUAAGCAUAAGACUCCGACUAGCGUAAUGAUAAACAAAAACGUUUUG